CUGCUUGGGUAAUAAAGGACACAGGGGGAGCUGUCCGUUGGCCUGGGUGCUGAAAUAUAAUUCCAAGUCGUUGUGUCCAAUAGUAUAACAUUUGAAAGUAAUGUAAGGCCGUGUCUAAAGAGGAAUUAAUGAUUGGAAAACGUUUGUGUAGCCUAUGAAGCAAAGGAGGAAAACAUGGGAUUAUAUCACAUCGAGAGUUCCUUUGACGAAGACAUUUGGUUGAGGACUAUCCUUCCCUAAACUAUAUUCAGCAGUCCACCAGCCUGAUGCAUUGGGGACCAUAGAGUGAACCAAGAUGCCUAAGAUCAGCACGGAGCAGUCUUAUCCCAGCCACGGCCGCUGUUCGGUAAACACCCCCGACAACCUGGAACAGAUUGAGAGUGGCAGCAGCCAUGAGGACCAACUGGACCCAUCCUUCACGGGGACAGGAGGCAUGUCCAGGCUGUCUCGCUUCAUGGUGUUGGUGAAGGGCUGGUCAUCUCACAGUAGUCAGCCCUCAGAUGCCCUUCCUUUAGACUCAACCAUGAAGUCACACACAGAGUUCAGAGAGGCCUGGAGGGCAGAGAGCAUGUCCAACACCAGACUCUCUGACCAAGUCCGCAGGAGGAACAAUGGUCAAUGGCCCCUUGCAGCAUACAAUAUGAACAACUGCAACAACAAGGAUGACAAAAAAGACGAGAAGAAGGAUGAGAAGAAGCCGGAUCCCCCAAAGCCACCUGAUAAGAAACCGGAUGAGAAGAAACCGGAUCCCCCUAAAGAAGUGUGGAUCAUUGACCCCGCCACUGAUAUGUACUACCAAUGGCUGACAAUAGUGGCUGUCCCAGCAUUCUACAACUUAAUGCUUCUGGUGCCAAGAGCUAGUUUCAAUGACCUGCAGGCCAACUAUGUAAUGCUGUGGAUGGUUCUCGACUACACUUCAGAUGUCAUCUAUUACAUUGACACGUUUGUGAGAUCUAGGACAGGUUUCCUGGAACAAGGAUUGCUCGUGAAGGACCCAGUGAAACUAAAAGAACACUACCGAGCCCAGAAGCAAUUUAAAUAUGACAUCAUAUCGAUGAUACCUACCGAUCUUGCCUUCAUUCCAUACGGUUACAACAAUCCAGAGUUCAGAUUCAACCGCCUCGGCAAGAUGGCGCGCCUCUUUGAGUUCUUCGACCGAACGGAAACCAGGACAAACUACCCCAACAUUUUCAGAAUCGGCAACCUUGUGCUUUACAUCCUGAUCAUCAUCCACUGGAACGCUUGCGUCUUCUACGCCCUCUCCAAACUCCUGGGCUUCGGCUCAGACACCUGGGUGUACCCAAACAUCACUGACCCCGAGAUGGGCCAGCUGUCCAGGAAGUACGUCUACUGCCUCUACUGGUCCACCCUGACCCUGACCACCAUUGGAGAGACCCCGCCCCCUGUCAGAGACAUCGAGUACCUGUUUGUAGUCGCCGACUUCCUCACGGGCGUGCUGAUUUUUGCCACCAUUGUUGGUAACGUUGGCGCCAUGAUCUCCAACAUGAACGCGGCACGCGCCGAGUUCCAGGCCAAGAUCGACUCCAUCAAGCAGUACAUGGAGUUUCGUAAGGUCUCCAAGGUCCUGGAGGCCAGGGUGGUCAAGUGGUUUGACUACCUGUGGACGGAGAAGAAGACCUGCGACGAGAAGGAGGUUCUGAAGAACCUGCCGGACAAGCUGAAGGCUGAGAUUGCCAUCAACGUCCACAUGGAGACGCUGAGGAAAGUGCGUAUCUUCCAGGAUUGCGAAGCCGGCCUGCUGAUCGAGCUUGUGCUCAAGCUGCAGCCCCAGGUCUUCAGCCCCGGAGACUACAUCUGUAAGAAGGGCGACAUUGGACGAGAGAUGUAUAUCAUCAAAGAAGGGAAGCUGGCUGUGGUGGCGGACGAUGGGGUAACACAGUGGUGUGUGCUGAGCGAUGGGGCGUACUUCGGAGAUCUCAGUAUCCUGGGCAUCAAGGGCAGCAAGGCUGGCAACAGAAGAACAGCCAACAUCAGGAGCGUGGGUUACUCUGACCUCUUCGCCCUGUCUAAAGACGACCUGAUGGAUGCUCUCACUGAGUACCCUGACGCCAAGUACGCUCUGGAAGAGAAAGGCAAGGCCAUCUUGAUGAAAGACAACCUCAUUGAUGAGGAAUUGGGAAACAAGGCCGACCCCAAAGAAAUGGAGAACAAAGUCCUUACAAUGGAGACCAACAUGGAGGUCAUGACGAUCAAGUUCACCAGAAUGAUUGCAGAGUGGGCAACAUACCAGGCCAAGGUCAAGCAGCGCAUCAGCAACAUGGAGGCCAGGGUCAAACCCCUCAGGCAGGGGGAUGGAUGAGGUGAUGAAGGACAAAUAAUCACAUGCAGAAUAUCUACUCCACAUUUUUAACAGACACAGAUAUUAAAUGUAAAUCUAUAACCCAUACUCACAAUUUAGAUCUGGUUAGAUCUAAAUAGCUUUCCAUCCAAGUGGAUUAUAACCAUAAACUGUAUUGUUGACUAGUCAAAAGCAGUGAAGGC